AACUAACAAGUAACAAGUGAAAGAAACGUCACUCCCUAAAAUCAAAAAUAAUACUGGUGCUCCAUUCAUCUCACUCUCUUCUUUUGUCAUCAUCAUUUUCUACCAAUCCGCAACUUCAAGCUCAUCGCAAGCAGAAAAAAAUUGAGGCCAUGGCUGCUACACAUUCUUUCCUAACACCCACCAUUUCUCUUCGUCGAGCCAGCUUGCUACAUUCUCUACCUCGGAUUUCUCGAUUUCAGACUCACAACAAAUGUUCUUUGAUUCCCUUUUUUUCUGGUGGAUUAUCUCUCUCCAAAAAACCGAGUGUAUGGCAGGCUUCUCCUAACAGUACAAAUUCUACAAGUUCAUUGAUGUCUGAUGGGGAGUCUGAUCCUAUCCCAGUUCCCGUAGUUCUAAUUGAUCAAGAUUCAGACCCAGUUUCAACAAUUGUGCAGCUCAGCUUUGGGGAUCGCCUUGGAGCUCUCAUUGACACGAUGAAGGCGUUAAAAGAUUUAGGUUUAGAUGUCUCAAAGGGUACUGUUUCUACUGAAGGAGCUGUCAAGCAGACGAAAUUAUUCAUAACACGACUUGAUUCUGGGCGAAAAGUUGAGGAUCCUGAUAUGCUGGAGAUGAUCCGCCUUACCAUCAUUGACAAUCUACUGAAGUACCAUCCAGAAUCUAGUGAACGACUUGCAAGGGGAGAAGCUUUCGGUGUCAAAGCUCCAGUGGCAAAGCCUGAUGUUGAUGUGGCAACUCAUAUCCAUGUUCAAGAGGAUGGACCUAAGAGGAGUUUGCUCUGUAUAGAAACGGCAGAUCGAUCUGGCCUGCUGAUGGAAGUCAUAAAAAUUAUGGCUGAUAUUAAUGUUGAUGUGGAAUCGGCAGAGAUUGACACAGAAGGACUCGUAGCCAAGGACAAGUUUCAUGUGAGUUACCGAGGGGCAGCACUGAACAGUUCUCUGUCUCAGGUUCUAGUUAAUUGUCUCCGUUACUACCUACGAAGGCCACAAACAGAUGAGGACAGUUACUGAUCACAAGAGCUUAAAGUACCUCUAUUGAAGUUGUGACCGUCGUUACGUUACUGGAGGGUGGAGCCGCCUGCUGUACCUGCUGCAAAUUAUCCCCCCACCAUCUUAUACGAGGAAUGGUAGCUUCCCUGUUGAAUUUGAAACAAAAUUUGUAAAUAAGCUCAAUGCCUGAAACAUGUAUCCGGUCAAAGUUGUUUCACCUCUAUGAAAGUGUCAUGAAGCUUAUGAAUGGAUAAUCAACACAAGCAAAUUUGCACAAGCGGUGUGUUGUGUCAUUUUUAUAUUUUUUAGUCUUCUUCUGUGAUGUAUUGUGGACAAGGCGCAUGAAUGUGCUGACAAGCAUAGGUCCAUAUUUUCUAUAAGAGCAUGUAUCAUGAAAUUCUUAAAAGAGCUUUCCGAUUAGCUCUCCGAAGAAUGAGAAAAUUGAGAGCUACUUUUUAUCCAA